AUGUGUGGCACGGCAUGUUUGGCACGGCAUGUGUGGUACGGCAUGUGUGGCACGGCAUGUGUGGCACGGCAUGUGUGGCACGGCAUGUGUGGCACGGCAUGUGUGGCACGGCAUGUGUGGCACAGCAUGUGUGGCACAGCAUGUGUGGCACAGCAUGUGUGGCACAGCAUGUGUGGCACGGCAUGUGUGGCACGGCAUGUGUGGCACAGCAUGUGUGGCACAGCAUGUGUGGCACAGCAUGUGUGGCACAGCAUGUGUGGCACGGCAUGUGUGGCACGGCAUGUGUGGCACGGCAUGUGUGGCACAGCAUGUGUGGCACAGCAUGUGUGGCACGGCAUGUGUGGCACGGCAUGUGUGGCACAGCAUGUGUGGCACAGCAUGUGUGGCACAGCAUGUGUGGCACAGCAUGUGUGGCACGGCAUGUGUGGCACGGCAUGUGUGGCACGGCAUGUGUGGCACGGCAUGUGUGGCACGGCAUGUGUGGCACGGCAUGUGUGGCACGGCAUGUGUGGCAUGGCAUGUGUGGCACGGCAUGUGUGGCACGGCAUGUGUGGCACGGCAUGUGUGGCACGGCAUGUGUGGCACGGCAUGUGUGGCACGGCAUGUGUGGCACGGCAUGUGUGGCACGGCAUGUGUGGCACGGCAUGUGUGGCACAGCAUGUGUGGCACAGCAUGUGUGGCACAGCAUGUGUGGCACAGCAUGUGUGGCACGGCAUGUGUGGCACGGCAUGUGUGGCACGGCAUGUGUGGCACGGCAUGUGUGGCACGGCAUGUGGGGCACCGCAUGUGUGGCACAGCAUGUGUGGCACAGCAUGUGUGGCACAGCAUGUGUGGCACAGCAUGUGUGACACAGCAUGUGUGGCACAGCAUGUGUGGCACAGCAUGUGUGGCACAGCUUGUGUGGCACGGCAUGUGUGGCACGGCAUGUGUGGCACGGCAUGUGUGGCACGGCAUGUGUGGCACGGCAUGUGUGGCACGGCAUGUGUGGCACGGCAUGUGUGGCACGGCAUGUGUGGCACGGCAUGUGUGGCACGGCAUGUGUGGCACGGCAUGUGUGGCACGGCAUGUGUGGCACGGCAUGUGUGGCACGGCAUGUGUGGCACGGCAUGUGUGGCACGGCAUGUGUGGCACGGCAUGUGUGGCACGGCAUGUGUGGCACAGCAUGUGUGGCACAGCAUGUGUCGCACGGCAUGUGUGGCACCGCAUGUGUGGCACCGCAUGUGUGGCACAGCAUGUGUGGCACAGCAUGUGUGGCACAGCAUGUGUGGCACAGCAUGUGUGGCACGGCAUGUGUGGCACGGCAUGUGUGGCACAGCAUGUGUGGCACGGCAUGUGUGGCACGGCAUGUGUGGCACGGCAUGUGUCGCACGGCAUGUGUGGCACGGCAUGUGUGGCACAGCAUGUGUGGCACGGCAUGUGUGGCACGGCAUGUGUGGCACAGCAUGUGUGGCACAGCAUGUGUCGCACGGCAUGUGUGGCACGGCAUGUGUGGCACCGCAUGUGUGGCACAGCAUGUGUGGCACAGCAUGUGUGGCACAGCAUGUGUGGCACAGCAUGUGUGGCACGGCAUGUGUGGCACAGCAUGUGUGGCACGGCAUGUGUGGCACGGCAUGUGUGGCACGGCAUGUGUCGCACGGCAUGUGUGGCACGGCAUGUGUGGCACAGCAUGUGUGGCACGGCAUGUGUGGCACGGCAUGUGUCGCACGGCAUGUGUCGCACGGCAUGUGUGGCACAGCAUGUGUGGCACGGCAUGUGUGGCACGGCAUGUGUGGCACGACAUGUGUGGCACAGCAUGUGUGGCACAGCAUGUGUGGCACGGCAUGUGUGGCACGGCAUGUGUGGCACAGCAUGUGUGGCACAGCAUGUGUGGCACAGCAUGUGUGGCACAGCAUGUGUGGCACAGCAUGUGUGGCACAGCAUGUGUGGCACAGCAUGUGUGGCACGGCAUGUGUGGCACGGCAUGUGUGGCACAGCAUGUGUCGCACGGCAUGUGUGGCACAGCAUGUGUGGCACGGCAUGUGUGGCACGGCAUGUGUGGCACAGCAUGUGUGGCACAGCAUGUGUGGCACGGCAUGUGUGGCACAGCAUGCUCCUCAACUCCAUGCGUGCCCCACACACCCGACUUCUUUCACGGCUGCCAUGCGUUGGCAAACUGGGGGGCCGAGGGGGACAGCUUAG